AUGUUUUCAAGAAAAAGUGGAUUCUCUUCUUUCUACAUACCUCCCCUCUCCUUGUUCAAAAUGACUGAAAAAGACUCUGAAAAAGGAAGUGUGAAGCCCGAUUAUGAGGAGCCCAUUCGGGCGGAAGUGCUUCCCGUUUCCAAUAUAAAAUUCGGUGAAACAAAAAGAGCUUUAAAAUCUAGACAUGUACAAUUAAUUGCUCUUGGUGGUUGUAUCGGUACGGGUCUUUUCGUUGGAUCAGGACAAUCGUUGGCUCAGUCAGGGCCGGCUUCUUUAUUUCUUGCAUACAUUGUUAUGUCUUUUGUCAUUUGGUGUGUUAUGAACGUCUUGGGUGAAAUGAACACUUAUCUUCCUAUUGCCGGUGCUUCUCCUCCCCUCUAUAUCGACCGCUUUGUCGAUAAAUCUUUGGCUUUUGCUACUGGUUGGAAUUACUGGUAUGCUUAUGUGUUUCUCAUGGCUUCUGAAGUUACUGCUGCUGCAAUUAUCAUUGAAUAUUGGACCGAAUCCGUUCCGGCCGCCGCUUGGAUUGCCAUUGUCCUUUUUCUCUUGACCCUCCUCAAUUCAUUUCUCGUCAAAUGGUAUGGUGAAACUGAAUUCUGGCUUGCAAUCGUUAAAGUCGUCACCAUCGUCGGCUUGAUUGUCCUUAGUAUUGCCAUCUUUUUUGGUGGUACUCCAAAACACGAUCGUUUAGGGUUUCGAUACUGGAAACACGGUUUGGCUUUCCGUGAAUAUCUAGUCACCGGUGGCCCUGGCCGUCUUUGUGGUUUUUGGAUGGCUGUUGUUAAAAGUGGUUUCUCUUUUGUUCUUUCUCCAGAACUAAUUACUAUUGCUUCCGGUGAAACUGAAGCUCCUCGUCGAAAUAUCCCAAAAGCUACAAGUAGAUUCAUCUACCGUUUGGCUUUCUUUUACAUUUUGGGUACCUUAGCCAUCGGUGUCAUCGUUUCUAGCAAAGACCCUCAAAUGUUGAGCGCUGUCUCUAAAGGCUCUAGCAAUGCCGGCGCUUCUCCUUUUGUUAUUGGUAUUCAAAAUGCUGGAAUCCCCAUUUUGAACCACAUCAUCAAUGCUGUCAUUUUAACUUCUUCGAUCUCUUCCGGUAAUUCCUUUUUGUUUGCUGGUUCCCGUUCCUUGUAUUCCCUUGCUGUUGAAGGACAAGCCCCCAAAAUUUUCAAGCGCUGCAAUCGAUGGGGCGUUCCUUAUGUCGCUGUUUUGUUCACCAUCCUCAUUGCUUGUCUUUCCUUCUUGAAUGCCUCCUCCUCAUCCGCCAUGGUCUUUACCUGGUUCACCAAUCUCUCUACUAUUUCUGGCUUCAUCGCUUGGAUUUGCAUCCUCAUCACAUAUCUGCGUUUCAGAAAGGCGAUGAUCAAGGAAAAUAUGUUAAAUCUGAUGCCCUUCCGAGCUCCCUUCCAACCCUAUGCUGCCUACAUCACCCUUUUCGUUGUUUCGCUAAUUACAAUCACCAAUGGUUUUACCGUUUUUGUUGGCCAUGAUUUCACCGCCUCCGGUUUCAUUGCUGCUUACAUUACCUUGCCCAUUUUCUUGGCCUUGUACUUGGGUCAUAAACUUUUUACGAAGAACUGGAAAUGGUUCAAGAGGGUCGAUGAAUUGGAUAUUACUAGUGGCUUGGCUGAAGCAGAAGAGGUUGAAAGUAGAUACAUUCUGCCAAAACCGAAAAACUUUCUUGAUAAAAUAUGGAUGUGGAUUUUUUAA